UCCCAUACAAAGCACUUUCUGAAUAGCCACAGCACAUGCGUAAGGAGUGGGCGUGGUUUAUUUCACGGAAGUGUUGUCGAGUGCUGAGGUAUUGUAAAAAUUGGAUUAUGAGCAUCAUGUUAUGAGGUACCAUGCUGAUCACAACCUACAUUGCCUUCUUUGGUCUCCUGGCACUGUGCUUGGGAUUGGAGUUCUCCGCCUGUCGGACCAAGACCAAGAGUAGCUCUUGCAGCAAUUCUGUUUUCCUCAGUUUCCAAUUAGAAUAUUACCAGGUUUACUUUCUGGCAUUGACUGCUGACUGGCUGCAAGGCCCGUAUCUCUACAAGCUCUACCAGCAUUACCAGUUUCUUGAGUCCCAAAUUGCAAUAAUUUUUGUUUGUGGCUUUGCCUCAAGUGUGUUUUUUGGGUUGAUUUCCACUUCAUUAGCGGACUGGGUAGGACGUAAAAAAUCCUGUAUUCUGUUUUCACUAACAUAUUCAAUAUGUUGCUUGACAAAACUUUCUCAGGACUACUUUGUUCUAAUCGUUGGAAGGAUUCUUGGAGGUCUGUCAACAUCUCUUCUCUUCACUGCUUUUGAGGCCUGGUAUAUCCAUGAGCACACACAAAGGCAUGACUUCCCAACAGAAUGGAUUACCUUGACUGCUUCACAAGCUUCUUUUUGGAAUCAUAUUAUUGCAAUUGGAGCUGGAGUCAUUGCAAAUAUUUUUGCUGAGUGGUUUGGACUAGGUCCAGUUGCACCUUUCAUGGUCUCGAUCCCAUUUCUCAUGUUGACUGGAGUUUUCAUUAUGCGAAGCUGGAAUGAAAAUUAUGGUAAUCCAAGGAUUAGGUUUGCCAAAAUGUGCACAGAUGGCCUGAAGUGCCUUAUUUCAGACCGGCGUGUCUUGCUUCUUGGCACAAUUCAAGCUUUGUUUGAAAGUGUUGUGUACAUCUUCAUAUUUCUAUGGACACCAGUUCUAGAUCCUUACGGUCCACCUUUAGGAAUUGUGUUUUCCAGUUUUAUGGCAGCCAGUAUGAUUGGGUCUUCAUUAUAUCGUAUAGCCACCUCAAAAAAGUACCAUCUUCAGCCAAUGCACAUUUUAUCUCUCUCAGUCCUGAUGGUCUUUUUUUCAUUGUUCAUGUUGACUUUUUCAACCAACCCUGGCCAGGAAAACCCUUCAGAGUCUUUUCUUGCCUUUUUGCUCAUUGAGCUUGCUUGUGGGCUUUACUUCCCAGCCAUGGGCUUUCUACGAAGGAAAGUGAUACCAGAGACAAGUCAGGUUGGUGUGAUGAACUGGUUCAGAGUUCCUUUAAAUCUGCUAGCUUGCCUUGGUCUACUUAUUCUACAUGACAGUGACAAGACGGGCACCAGGAACAUGUUUGCCAUCUGUGCAGCCUUGAUGGUAAUGGCAUUGCUGGCUGUUGUGAGUUUGUUUACAGUUGUCCGCAAUAACACAGAGCUGAAAGUGACAGUCCCUGAAGAGCAGACAGAAGCUUCUGACGUGGACAGCCAUUAAAGAUGAUACCAUCUUUUUGUCAUUCCUUACCUUAUGGUGGUCAGACUGCAUUGCACACAGUAAAAUUGUACAUUUGAAUAUGAAUAGGGCAUAUAUACAAAUGACUCUUCUAUCGUGCACAAUAAAUUUGUAGUCUGUUAGAACGAGAUUGUGCAUUCUGAAUAUGGUUUCUUGUUGAUUUUACAUGGACAGUCAUCUUGUAAAAUUGUGAAUGCUUGCCUUUUGUGUUCCUCGGGCAUGGUUUGUUUAGUUUACUGUGGAAUUCUGAAUAUUUUUUUAUUAAACUUCUUGUUGAAAGUUUAGUCCUGUAUCUACAAACUCACAAACAUGCGUAACAGCGGAGAGCUGUAUACAGAUUUUGCAGCAGAAGGGUACCACGUUAAGAGUUUUUCAGUAAUAGUUCAGCUUAGUAUGUACAUGUGCAACUGUACAGUUUUUUAUUAAAUAAUUUGUCGAAA